GCCACCACACGACUUUCAGUGUAAACUGAAAACUAAAUUCUGAACUUUCACGUUAGACGUUGUUUUGAUAAUUUAUCGCAAAAGUAAACAAUAAAAAUAAUGAUAAACACAUAAUUUGAGUUUCUCUCUUUUUUUCUCAAAAAAAAAAAAUAAAAACAAUGACUGACAUCGAUAAAAUAAUAUUAAGUUAUCACGAUUGUCUACUCCGUAAAUCAGAUGUCGAUCUAUUGUCAGAGCCAAAUUGGAUAAAUGACGCACUCAUUGGAUUUUAUUUGGAAUAUUUGGGCAAAACACUCAAGUUACCGAAUUUCGCAAAAAUCCUCUAUGCAAGUCCUGAAUUAACGCAAUUAUUAAAAAUGACCGACUCCUCGGAGGUGUCAUUUUUUCUUGAUCCAUUGAAUGCAUCGCAGAAAAAUUUUAUAUUCUUCCCAUUAAAUAAUUGUGAACGACGAAAUUCCAUUGGUGGUUCACAUUGGAGUUUAUUGGUAUUUUCAAAAACGGAAAAUACAUAUUUUCACUUUGAUUCAUUGAGUAAAUCAAAUGAAAGUAUUGCUCGUAAUUUCAUGAGGAAUCUCGAUAAAUAUUUUCUAAUUGGUGAUAAAGGAACAUUCAUUGAAGUUAAUUGUCCACAGCAGGAAAAUUGUUACGAUUGUGGAAUAUUUGUGAUGUGCAUUACUGACAUUCUCACUGAACACGUUACAAAACAUUCAAAAGUAAAGGGUUGUGAUUUCGAGAGUGUUAAAAGACUUGUUGCUGAAAAGCGAAAAAAUUUGCAAGAAUUAAUAAAUAGUCUCAAGACAUAAUUUUGAAAAAAAUGUUUUACGAAAAAAAGAGACUUCUUGUAAUAUUUACUUCAUAUUUUACGUAUUGAAAAUUAGAAUUCUUUUAGUAAGUUUGACAAUUUUUUAAAUAAAAUUACUACUUUGUAAAAAUUGUAA